CCGCCUCGCCGUCAAAGCGCGAUCUUUUCUUGAACCUUAUCGUUGACCCGGCCAACAAGACGGCACCCUCGUUGACGCGUAUCACGAUUUAUCGCCAAUGCCUCCUUCGGUGCUAACUUAACCCUGCCAUGCGUUCCGUCGUCCUACACUCAUCGCAUCCCACCCGCUCCGCCUUAUUCUGAGCUCAGGCCGCGUUGCUGUUUGUCUGGAAGCCGGCGUGCACCCCCUUUUGAACCCGCCCAUAGCCAAACAAAAUGCCGUCGGCGCGGAAGCGGACCUUGCAUGAGGUCGACACUGACAAUGUCGAUGCUCCGAAGGAACCCUCCCUGCUACAUCGCAUCCGAAAUAUGUGGCAGUUCGCGAACCUUUGCCAAUGGAUCACCCUCUUCGGAAACGUGGUCAAGCUUGACGACUUCGACAUCGCUGACCUGGAGGCCGAAUGCCUGAAGCCCCAUUCCACUGCUCUGCAAGACAUCGGUCUCGCUUUGCUCAAGUUUCUCUCAUCUCACCGCGGUCUCACACACGAGUUAUUCGACGAGUACACAAAAAGGCAAUACCUUGCUAAGGCUCCCGGCAAGAAUCCGUUCGGAGCAGACGAGGAGCCGCGCAGGUUUGCCGACUUUGAUGUCUUCACAAAGAUCUGUAUACUGCAACAGAUGACCCAAUUCGUCAUGAUAAAUCCGGAUCGGCUGCGGGAAAAGGCGGAGGAGCAACGGGACAUCGAUCAGACCAACUGGAGAAUUGAACCGUAUGGCUGGGAUCGUGAGGACCGCACCUAUUUUGUUCUCGACGACAAUCGCCUAUAUCGACAAUCCGAACCUCCCGCUCCGCCCGCGAGGCCAAAAAAAACGUCGAAGAAGGCCAAAGCAGCCUUGAGAGCAAGCAAGAGGCGGCGCAUAUCGGCUGCCUUGGCGAGUGAUGCAGAGGAUGCAAGGGAAGAGAGUUCAGCGGACGGUCAGCCCGCAACCGAACCCGAGGAUGACGGCCUUGGGGGGAUGAAAUGGGAGUGUGUCGCCGUCACCCUGGAUGAGGUCCGCCAGUUCUUGGCCACCAUCCAGAAAACGAGGGAUGAUAACGAAAAGAUCCUGCGCGAUCAGAUCCAGGACCAUUUACUUCCAAUCCUCGAGAAGCAGGAGGAAUCAAUGAAGAGGAAACAGCUACAGAGGGAAAAGGAACUGCUGAAUCUUGAGAAGCUGGCGCAUGCCAAGAGGUCAAGCCGCCUUGCCGGCAAGGCCGAGCAGCAAAAAAUGGAAGAGCAAGCCCGCGAGGAGGAACGAAAGAUACGAGAACAGGAAGUAGCUGCAAGGAAAGAGGAUCAGAAACGCUUAAAGAUAGAAAAGGAGCGAGACCGCCGACUAAUGUCGAGAGCACAUCGGCUUAGGGAACGGGAAGCCCGCCGCUUGCAGCACGAGGAGGAACUCGCUCAACUGUCUGAGGAUAGCAAGAACCUCGGGGCCGCAGCCGCAGCCGGACGCAUGUCGGAGCGGCAGCUCAAAGCAGAGAUUGAGCGGAAGCAGCAGGCCCUGAAGGAGCUUACCGAAGAAGACGACGAUUGGAUGUUUGACUGUGUCUGCGGUGUCCACGGCCAGAUUGACGACGGGACGCACAGUGUUUCCUGCGAACAAUGCAGUGUGUGGCAGCACAGCAAGUGCCUCGGCAUUGCUGAGGAGGAAGCUGAGAAGAAGGACUUCCAUUUCGUCUGUGACUCGUGUCGCCGGCGGGAGCAGGCUGAGAAAGAACGGCGGCCGAGAAUGAUCAAGAUCAAGGUCAAUCGGCCCGGAUCCUCGCCAUCUUCGCCAGCACAAAGAGCUCCCGAGGGUAAUUCGCCUCCACAGCCCAACCGAGCGUCGCAGCUCGUGGUCGAGCUUCAGUCGAGUUCUUCCCACAAUGCAGGGGCUUCCUUGCCAGGCGAACUAGCCAGCCGCGAUGAUCAAGCUGUCAAAGAAAACGGUCCCAACGGCGGUAGUCUAUUGCCACCAUUUCCGCAUGCUUCUGGCCACUCGUUGACGACGGCACUAAAUCUUACGUCUGACCCAGAAAGCGCUACGACCAUUUCCGGCACCUUGCCUCAUGCCUUCGCACCAGGCGCAAACCCAUUCUCUUCGCCGCAUCCCACCCUUUCGCCUCCGGACCAGUCACCGAACAAGUCUAGGGCCUAUCACACCAUCUACGACCCAUCCAGCCCCAUGACAUCCAACGGCCACGGGGUCCCAAACAUGGGACAGCAGCAGAUAAAGCAGCAGCAGCAGCCGCUUAAUGGAGGGCCUAUUCCCUUUGCGGUGCAUCCAGAAGCAACGCCGAAGACGACUCCCCCAGCACUGUUUCCAGCCGGGGUCUCGGCCGGUGUACCUUCUGCACGCGAUUUGGCGCCACAACUUACACCGAGCCAGCGUGAGACGGGGUACGACGAGAAGGCGACUCCGCUUCCGCCCUCGCGAGGUGGCUUAUCGCCGACGAAACACUCACCGCCCUUGAGCCAGCAGCAGCAGCAGCAGCAGCAGCUGUUCAAGCAGGCAAACGGGGCAAAUGGGAUUAGUCCUUUGCAUGGGGCGGCGUCAUCAUCCCUGACGGGUGCCAGCCCCAAGCCAACGAUCUUGCCGCCAAGCGCAGCCUUGUCCCCCUCGCCGCCUCAGCAGAUCCUGACACCGCCCGUCAAGCCCGCCGAACCACCAAGACCCGCUCAGCAGCAGGGUCCUCCGGGGGCCAUUUGGGCGCCGCCUACGUCGUCAUAGGCUGCGGGGUCUCAUACCAGGCUCUGUUGCUUGGACGGGUGUCUACAGAGACAGAGUAAUGGGUGAUGGUCGGGGACUAUUUUACGCCUGUCUCGGACUGGCCUGUGGUGUUUGGUUAGUCUGAUCGGGCGGAUGGCAGAUGAUGGGCAUUUGGCAUGGUGUGGGGGGUGUGAGUAUCUAGAUAGUAAGGGUGGAUACGCAUGGUCUUCCUCACAUCAUAUGGCGUUCUGGAAACAA